ACAGCCUCAUGAACAAGAAGAAGAAUGUUUUGCAUUUUUUGCACGGAGUUUUUUCCUCCCAAAUUGCAAUAAUUCGACUUCAUUGCUCAAAAAAAUUAAUAAAAAGCGGUGCAAACAAUUAAAUAGUAAUCCUUCGGCCAAAAUAAUUUUGUGAUAGAUUUUGUGAAGGGUGUCGAGAGCUUUUGGGGAGUGUUGCAAAAGAAAAUCUUCCAGAAGGAAAAGCACAACAGGUAGUCAUCGUCAGUGUGCCGUGGAGUCAGGUGAAUUGUAUAGCUGUAGAGUGCGCGGGGGAUGCCGGAGUAAGAUAAUCCGGAGAUGCGAGAAGAUUGAUAAUUAUCUUAUCAUCCGCUGUGGAAGACAAUGAAGCAACUAAUGAGAUCACGAGAGGCAUAAUCUCCCCAACAGUUUCGUCGUGAAAUAUGUGCGAUACUGCAACGGGAACAAAGAAGUGAGCAACGUGACCGGGAUGGUCAAUCGGACGCAGAAAUUAAUCCUCGGGACGUUCCUCCUGCUGCUUGUUGACGUGAUCUGGGUGGCCUCAAGUGAAUUGACAAAGUUUUUCUACCAAGAUGAAAACUUCGACAAGCCCUUCUUCUGUACCUAUUUCAAAACCUCCAUGUUCACCAUCUACCUUCUGGCAUUGGGAUUGUUGGCCCCAUGGCGAGAUCCAUGCCCACCAACACCCAGCUCCACAAAUACCGCCGUGGGGAUGAAUAAUAACACCUCAAACUACACCCUGAUGGAUCCAACAGGAGAAGAAGACAGUGUCUUUACCAAUGGAGCCCCCACAAGUAGUCUCAGCGACUCCAGCUUUGUCCCUGUAAAAGUGGACGGAGUCUCGGGCACAGAUAGCGACGACAGCAGCAUCCGGAGUGUGCGAUUCAGCAAAAUGGCAGAAGUUCGUGAGAUGAGCCCCCAUGAUGCCACGGAAGCACUCAUGUCGCGCCUCUCCUACUCUGCUAGCCUUCGCAUUCGACGCCACAAGUCACACCAUAAAACCGCCCGGACAGCGCUAAUGUUUUCCAUUUUGUGGUUCGUAGCGAACUACCUGUUCCAAUUGGCUCUGGAACCAAGCGAAACUGCUAUGGUUACCCUCCUGAGCAGCACAUCGAGCCUCUUCACCCUCAUCCUGGCCGCCAUCUUCCCAUCCGCGAGUGGAGACAGAUUUACGCUGUCCAAAGUAACGGCGGUGGCUGUAAGUAUUGCCGGUGUCUCAAUGGUAACGAUGUCACAGCUGUCUGAACCGAAGAUGUCCAAGGGUGUCAUCCUGGCCCUUGCCAGCGCCUUCUUCUACGCCUCAUACCUCGUCUUGGUGAAGCGUAAAAGUGAUACGGAGGAGAAGAUCGACAUUCCCCUCUUCUUCGGUUUCGUUGGCUUAUGGAAUCUUCUGUUGCUGUGGCCGAUCUUUUUUGUACUUAAUUUCUCCCACGUUGAACCGUUUGAAUUUCCAAACCGGCAUCAAUUUUCCGUGUUGUUCCUCAAUGGAUUGAUCGGCACUGUUGUAUCGGAGGCUCUUUGGCUUUGGGGUUGUUUCCUGACGUCGUCACUAAUUGGGACGCUGUCCAUGACAUUCCAAAUUCCCCUGGCGAUGCUCUUCGACAUGGUGCUACGUGGCAAGGAAUACCCGCUCCUCUUCUACUUGGGCUCCAUCCCAAUCGCCUUCUCCGUCAUCUUUGUCGCCAUUCUCCUCAAAUAUGAGGACACAGAUCCCGUACUAAAGGUCCUAAAGCUCCUCUACCGAAAGCUCUGCUUUCUGCGGCAACCCAGCAUUGUACGCAUCAAUACUGAUCUCGAGGAGCAGCAGGAGUGUCUCAUUGAUAACCACGAAAACUGAGUGAGUGAAAAGAAAAUUCUGCGUGCUAAAAAAUGAGGUUUUUCCCCACAAAAAAAACCUUCUCAAAACUUUUAAAGCUGUGGCCAUUUCUCCCAAAAAAAAAUGAGAAAUUUUGGGAGAAUUUUAUGUUUUUUUUUUAAUAGUUCUCUGAACAUUUUUUUUUAUUAUUUAAUUGUGAUUCUGUUUCUCCCAUACGUAAAACGUUGGCAACAUUCCUUUGUGAAGAAAUUUUGUUCAUUUUAUUGCAAGUUUUCUUAAUUUAUAUCUUUUAUCUGCCUCUUGAGCGUAUUUUUUAUUGCAUUUCAUUGUGCAUUAAUUAAUUUCAUUAAUUUUAUGUAUUUUAUUGCAUUAAAAAUCCCACAAAAAAUCCCUUUUAUAGUCAUUCUAAAAAGAGAAAGUCCAAUAAAAAUUAGAAAUUUUAGACUUUAUUAGCUAAAAAAGGAAAAAAAACUAUACUAAGCCACUGAUAAGAUUGAUAAGAGAAGAAUAUUUGCUGUUUGAAAUGUAUUUAUCUCAUAAGAAGAUUUUAUUUCAAUAAAGAAAAAAGAAAUAUUUUAAUUAAGGAAUUGAAAAUAAAUUCAAAAAAUAACUGAGAAAUCGAAGCUCUCAAGAAAUUGGCUAUUUUUAUAUGAAAAGAAUGGAAAUUAAUUUGAAGACGACCACUUAAAGUUAAGACACCGUGCUUAAGGAAUUUUUAUGGGCACUCUUGAGACGAUCCUCAAUUGGGGGAGAUCCUCAAAACAAGGAGAGUUUUCUCAAUCGCGCAAGAGAGCUUUGUUUUCUUCAACACACACACACAAGACACAGACGCAACACAAAGUAAAUAAAAAAAAUUGAUAAAAACGUUGAUAAAAAAAAUAAAUUAGUCGAGAAAAAUGUAUUUUUGCUGUUUUAGGGAAUUUUCUGUAGAAGAUAAAGGAGAGAAAGAAUGUUUUCUGAAUGAAAGAUAAUAAAAAUAACAAAAAAAUAA